AUGGAUUCCAUCCAGCAACUGCCUCACCUUUCCAGAUUGUCAAUGGCAUUAGGUGAUUCAGAAAAUGGAAGUGUUGUCCAAGUUGGAGAAUUGUUACCUUGCAAGAUUUGUGGAAGAACAUUCUUUCCAGUAGCAUUAAAAAAGCAUGGACCUAUUUGCCAGAAAACUGCCACUAAAAAACGGAAGACUUUUGAUUCAAGCAGACAAAGAGCUGAAGGAACUGACAUUCCAACAGUAAAACCUCUGAAGCCCAGGCCAGAACCACCAAAGAAACCAUCUAAUUGGAGAAGGAAACAUGAAGAGUUCAUUGCCACCAUAAGAGCUGCUAAAGGACUGGAUCAGGCACUCAAAGAGGGUGGCAAACUUCCACCACCUCCCGCGCCUUCCUAUGAUCCUGAUUAUAUUCAGUGUCCAUAUUGUCAGAGGAGAUUCAAUGAAAAUGCGGCUGAUAGACAUAUAAAUUUCUGUAAAGAACAGGCAGCCCGGAUUAGUAAUAAAGGCAAAUUCUCUGCUGAAACCAAAGGAAAGCCAGCCUCUCGGGCACAGUAUAAGCCACCUGCACUUAAAAAAUCAAAUUCUCCUGGAACCAUGUCCUCAGGCUCUUCACGAUUACCGCAGCCCAGUAGCACUAACAAAACUGUUGUAGGUGUGCCUUCAGGUAAAGUGACUUCAGUUAGCAGCUCUUUGGGAAACAAACUUCAGACCUUAUCUCCCUCCCAUAAAGGGAUAGCAGCCCCUCAUGUAGGAACUAACAUCAAAUCUCGAAAUACCACACCACCUAGUUUGGCAAGAAAUCCUGCCUCAGGUGUGCCUACAAGCAAAAGAAAAACAUAUACUGAGAGCCACAUAAGCAGGCCAGAUGGAGACUACCUAUCUUCAUUUAAUGGCGGAAACAUUAAAAGCAGUGAUGGAAAUUCCUCUGGGCACUUACCAAAAUUCUGCCAUGAAUGUGGGACCAAAUACCCUGUAGAGUGGGCGAAGUUCUGCUGUGAAUGUGGCAUUCGAAGAAUGGUUCUGUGA